AAAUGUGGCUACAGAAAACAGUUCUCUUUUCAGGAAGCUGCUUUUUUUCUGGAUGCCACAAACACUCAAAACUCCCAUGGUCACUGAGUGCCUGGGAGCUUAUCUUUUAUUCCACUUAAUUACUCUCAGAGAAACAUUUGUGCCUUCCCCCUGCCCUGCAUAGGUUUCAUUUCUCCUGUGAACUCCAAGCAGGUCUUCAUAUCCUGACAAAGCCCUGCUCUUCUAAGUACCGCCCUCAAAAAUGCAACAAGGACAGCCCGUGGUCAUUGUGACUCAGCCCCAGGGUGGUGUUUAUCCACAAAGCUCCAAUUGGCAGACAGGCCUUUUAGACUGUUGCAGUGACUGUGGAGUCUGUCUUUGUGGGAUAUUCUGUCCCCUUUGCCUCUCCUGCCAAAUAGCUUCUGACAUGAAUGAAUGCUGUUUGUGUGGAUCAAGUGUGGCCAUGAGGACCCUCUACCGUACCAGAUAUGGCAUCACUGGAUCCAUCUGCAGUGACUUCAUGGUGACUACUUGUUGUACUGUGUGUUCUCUUUGCCAACUUAAGAGAGACAUUAAUAGAAGGAGGGGAAUGAAUGCUUUCUGAAAAAACUAAUGAUGAAGUCUUGUGUUUUUGAUGAAGCAACCAACAUUAGUUUUAACAUGUGAAAAAUAUAUCUCUUUUAAGUAUUCCUCUAACUCUUGUCCUAAAUUGCUACAUGCUUUAGAAGUUUAAUAAUGAUGGAAUGCCAUGCCAGUUUAUCCUGAAGCUUUAAUCUCUGCUGUAUCAUGACUCAUAAUUCUUGAUUUGUAAUGUGAUUUUUUAAUAGAAAGCAAAUAAAAGUAUUCAGAAUAAGAA